AUGGCCUCACAACGCCAAUGCCUCGCCGCCAUGGCGGGCACAGCCUUGUCGACAACAGCACGGCCACGGCCGCAGAUGGCGUCGAUUCCGCAGUUCCUUGUCCCAGCCAUGGCCAUUGGCCGUCUCCAGCAGCAACAACAGACACGGCAGGCCUCUCAGUCCAAGAAGCGGGACAAGAAGGCCAAGUUCAAGGCGUACCGGGUCCACGACAAGUCCAAGCUCGAAAGGUUCUCACUGUGCGACGCCAUGCGCUACCUGCGCGCCGUCGAGGUCGGCCGCCCGCCGCUGCGCAUCUGCUAUGACCUUGCCGUCAAGCUGCAGACCAACAAGGACGGCGCCGUGCUGCGCGACCGCAUCCGGCUGCCGUUCCCGACAAGCUCCGACUUCCGCAUUGCCGUCGUGUGCAAAGAGGGCAGCAAGGUGGCCGCCGACGCGCGCCAAGACGGCGCCGUGGCCGUGGGCGAGGAGACGCUGUUUGCCGCCAUCAAGGCCGGCGACAUCAACUUCAACCGGCUGUUGUGCCACAUCGACUCGGUGCCCGCGCUGAUGAAGGCCGGGCUGGGCCCCGUGCUGGGCCCGCGCGGCCUCAUGCCCAGCACCAAGACCAAGACGGUGACCAACGACGUGCGCGCGCAGAUGCGCGACAUUGCCGGCACGGCCAACUACCGCGAGCGGCAGGGCGUGGUGCGCCUGGCCAUUGGCCAGCUCAGCUUCACGCCGCAGAUGGUGGCCGAGAACAUCAAGGCGCUGAUGGCGCAGCUGCGGGCGGACAUGCGCGCGGUGGAGCGCAACACGGUCAAGGUGGUCGACGAGGUGGUGCUGAGCACGACCAACGGUCCCGGCUUCAGCUUGGAUGGCUCGUUCAACUCGACCGACGACAAGGUCACGCCGGAAAUGCUGUCGACGGUGAUGUAG